AUGGGGGGAUCAAAGGCAGUUGGACCUGAUAACAUUCCGAUUGAGGUGUGCAGGGGUUUAGGAGAGGAGGGAAUUCAUUGGCUUACUAAACUCUUUAGUGUCAUCUUGAGGUCUAUUAAGAUGCCAGAAGAAUGGAGGGUUAGCACACUUAUCCCACUGUUCAAAAACAAGGGUGAUGCACAAGUAUGCGAGAACUAUAGAGGGAUCAAACUUCUAAGUCACACUAUGAAACUGCGGGAAAGAGUGAUUGAGAAAAGAAUUAGACGAGAGACGGUAAUUAGAGAGAAUCAAUUCGGAUUCAUGCCGGGAAGAUCAACCACCGAGGCAAUUCAUCUUUUGAGGAAAUCUCUAAAUCCAUGUGGGAGACCAUAUGAAGGGGUUUCCUUGGAGGGAAGCCUUGGAGGGAUAAGAAACCAAAAGUUCACGGAGAAGUUAGGGGUUGCACGCAACCCCUCUCCGCAAAGAUGCGGGAGAACAGAUUGA